GCAACUCUGAUCAUAAGUGGGCAGUAGUGCUGCGCUCUCGUCUCGACCACCAUGGCGGACGAAAUAGUCAAGUCGCAGGCUGCCCUGCCAGGUGGAGAUACGAUCUUUGGAAAGAUAAUCCGCAAGGAGAUUCCUGCAACUCUUAUAUAUGAAGAUGAACAGUGCAUAGCCUUCCCAGACAUCGCUGCUCAGGCACCUACUCACUUUCUGGUGGUCCCGAAGAAGCCCAUAACUCAGCUGUCCCAAGCUGAGGAUGGCGAUGCUGCAUUGCUGGGCCACUUGAUGCUUGUGGCGAAGAAGUGCGCGGCCCAGCUGGGGCUGGCUAAAGGCUUCAGGGUGGUGCUGAACGACGGGCCCGAUGGCGCCCAGUCGGUCUACCACAUUCACCUUCAUGUCAUGGGUGGGCGCCAGAUGUCCUGGCCCCCCGGCUAGCUGCCCAGUCUCCCACUCCCAGAGCCAUCACCGCGGCACCCCUCUCAAAGAGUCUGUGCUGGGUUGUAUCCAGUGUUGUUUGAUUUAGUCUGAAAUGGGUCUAAGAGAACUGGCAUGAAAUGAAAAAUCACUGGUUAUGUUCAAUAAAAUGCACUAAACUGA